AUGAAGUGCCUGGCACGGGCAGAGUCCGUGCUGCUCUCCACUCUGUCUGGCAGACGUUGGGCCAGAGCCAGCGGCGUUGUCCGCCGUGCCACUUGUCCUUUUUCUCCUGCAAUCACCUUCACCACCACAAAACUCUUUCAAGGUCUUCUCUGCACCGACACCGGCGACAUGGUAUCCACCCUCAAAAGGCGGUCCUCCAACGACGCCUGGAGCGACAACAGCUCUCUUACCAGCUUCGAGACCCCGCCUUCGGCCACGCUUCCUCCCCUCGCCAAGCGCAGCAAGCCUCAUGCGUCGGAACCUCUAGACGGAGCAGAGCGUCGCGGUGAGCUCGAUGAGCAGCCCUUGGCCUCCGCGCCUCGGUUUGACCAGCCUGCAUCCAUGGGCAAGAUCGAGUGCGAUUCCGGUUACCCUUGUGCCGAGAUCAAGGCAGGCCACGCUAGCGCCACUCGCAUCUCGGAACCGGGUCUGCGGCUUUCCAGCUCUGUGGCGGGCCUCGAGGGCAUCUACGAGACAUCCGAAAACAUCCUGGCCCAGCUCUCGAGGCUUCCCGAGGGCAUGGCCGGCCUCGCGGCGCUGAAAGACUCUGCUCGUCGCCUGGCAGAGGGCACCGUCGACCGUCCCACGACGUUCGUCGUGCGGGGUCCCACCGGAGCCGGCAAGUCCACGCUCAUCAACGCCAUCAUCGGCGAGGAUAUCAUGCCCACCUUGAGCAACCAGGCGUGCACCACGGCCCCGACCGUGAUCCUAUACAACUCGACGUCCGAUUCGUAUCGUGCAGAGGUGCAAUUCGUAUCGGCCGCGGCGUGGACCGACGAGCUGCAGGCCUUCUGCAUCGCGCGGCGCCAGGAGGCCGGAGUGCCUGCUGAGGAAGACCCGCCUGAAUCAUUGGGCUCUCGAGAAGAAGUUGCGCCCCUCGGCCCUGAGCAAGAAGCCGCCUCGGUCCUGCCCGAGACAGGCGAUGCUCGAUUCUCCUUGGACUCCACCCUCGCCAAGCUCCAGGCCCUCUUCCCGAAUGAGGCUUGGGACGACUUCUCGGACGGGCGCCCCUGGACUCCUGCCGAAAUCCUCGAGCUCGAUGGCUCGUUUCGAGAGCGGCUGGGCUCGACGGACAUCAUCGAAGCUGCUUGCGCGAGCGACAUGGGGGAUCGUCUUGGCGAGUUCGACGACCCACGCCGCUGCAAUCUCUGGCCUCUCAUCUUCGAGAUCAGAGUCUACAUCCCGUGCAGCACCCUCAGGCAUGGUGCCGCGCUAGUCGAUCUGCCAGGCACCGGCGACUGCAACGCUGCACGCAAUGAGGCGGCCGCCCGAUACGUCAGAGAAUACGACUACAUGUGGGUCUGCCUGGACAUCUGCCGUGCAACGGCGGCUAAGGAGCUCGAAACUAUCUUCUCCGAGCUCAGCGACGAGCAGCUGCAGAGCGGCCGCGGCAAGGUCUCCUUCUUGCUGACGAAGACCGAGCGAGGCUGCGGUGUUCUCGACAAGGAGAGCGUCAAGACGAUACACGAGGACGUGCCACUGCUGACAGACAAUGAAGAGUUCAGCGACCGGCAUCGCGACUAUCACGCCUUGGUACGGGCCACCAGGACCUUUCGGGCGCAGGUGCAAGCGAGCAGCUCAGCGAAAACGUCAAGCAGCGACCCCGAUGACUGGAGGCGCAAUGCCCAGCAGCUCCAGGCUCUCAAAGCCGAGUGCGCAGACCGUCGGCGCGAGCUCGCGCGUAUGUACUGCCAAGCACGCUCGCAGGCCGUCGGUGCCGCCUUGAAAGAGAGGUACGACCGACUGACGUCCAGGCUCGUACACCGUUCCAGCACCACGGGAAGCCUCGCGGAGCUGGUCUACAGCACGGCCACAGAGGACUUUCAGGCUCUGUGCCGCGGCGACGACGGGCAGGCUGCUGCGACCGAGGAGGACACCGGUGUUCCAGAACUACGCCGUCUCAUCCAGCGAGCCGCGGAGGCCGCACGCACCGCAGCCAAGGACAGGCAACUGCAAUUAGCUGCGCUGCUCUGCAAGGACGCCUGCAUGCUCCUCGGCCCUGCUCUGAUCCGUUGCGAAUCCGACCGCAUCGCCUUUGACCACCGAUGGGGCUCUGACCGACGUGCUGGCGCACCGAGCGUCUCUGAGACGCUGCGCGCAAGGUUCGAGAACUUCCUCAUUCGGGCCUUCAACCAGCUGGAGCUCGACCUCGUCGCCCUCGGCAAGCGUUCAGUGAACAUGGCGCUGAAUGGCAGUGAGCUGAAGCGACAGAUACUACCUCGCUGGCUGGCGAUCUGCCAGCAGAAGCACUGGAGAGUCGUCAGAACUGCCGUCAUCAAAGCGGGCGUCAAUCCCUACGGCCGGCUCGACAUCAAUGCCGAGCUCUCUGUCGAGCUGGUCAAGCUGUUUGAGUCGGCCUGGGACGGCGUCAUCUCGAACUGCAUCUCCUCGCUCCGCACCAGCAUCCUCGGCAUCCUCAACAGAUUCGUCGACGAGUUCGUGGCCAACGGUCUCACCGAGAGAUCGUGCAGAGAGCUGGCCGAGUUCAUGGCGCAGGGGCAAGACGUCCUCGAGCGUACCUUGGACGACAUCAUCGCCACUUUCGAGAUGCAAGGCCGUCAAGCUCGUAUCGAGGAGAUGACUGCGGCGAUCGCGCCCAAGCUCGCCAAGAAACUCAAGCAGACGUACCAGAAAGGCGCCGAGCACGUCGGAAAGGGUUCAGCCAAACGCCGAAUCGAUACGAUCGCUGCCGAGAUCCGCAAGCAGGACACGUUCUUGGACUGCGCUCUGGCCGAUUCCGACCUCCCGUUCGUGAUCGAGGCGAUGCAUCUUCAGAUCCGUCGACCUGUAUUUGGUCUCGGUCUGAUGAUGCAGGAGAGGCUCGACAGCUUCUGGGGCGUGAGCCGCGAAGCCAAAGGGCUCGAGGGACCGCGAAAGGAGGUCUUGGAGGCCAUCAUCGGUCUCGCUGGCCAGCUGUUCGCCUUGCGGGCUAAGCCCGAGUCGACGCUUGAGGCUCGCUCGGACCCACGCUCCAAUGCUGGUUGCUGA